GUACUACACUUGUCACGUGUACUGUGUAACACUUGUAAAAUGAGUUUUGUAUUGUAAAGUUCGGAACGGAUAAGUCUUUAUCUGUUUUAACGUAUAUUAAAAGAAAAUGUCGCAAGUUUUAAGCAAAAUGAUGUUGAGGAAUUCUGGUGUGGUUGGUGUUUCUCUAUUACUUGCAUAUUGGAUGUCAAGGGCAAGUUUAAAACUCAGGGAAAAAAGAAAGGAACCAGUAGAUGAAGUUUCCUGUGCUUAUAAUCAGAAAGAAAAGAAAAAAGAAAGAGCACAGGUUGAUCAAACGUUUUUUAGGCAACUUUUUCGAAUCCUGAAAAUUCUCAUACCUGGAAUUUUUACAGCCGAAAGUGCCUAUUUAGUUUUAGUUGCUGCAACUUUGGUUGGAAGAACUUUGUGUGAUAUUUGGUUAAUUCAGAAUAACACUGUAAUGGAGAGGGCAAUUAUUACUCGAAAUAGCAGCAUGUUUUUGAAAAAUUUAGAAUCGUAUAUAUUUGCAAUGCCUAUGGUUUCUUUAAUAAAUAGUUUACUUAAGUUUGGUUUGCAUGAAAUGAAAUUAAAGUUUCGUUCACGCUUAGCAUCUCAUCUUUAUGAUAGAUAUUUACAUGGUAUAACUUAUUAUCAGAUGAAUAAUUUGGAUAAUCGAAUUUCAAAUCCUGAUCAAUUAUUAACACAGGAUGUGGAUAAAUUUUGCAGUUCAUUAGCAGACUUAUAUUCAAAUAUUUGUAAGCCUAUCCUAGACAUAAUUAUUUUUGCUGAAGGCCUUACUGCUUCAAUUGGAGCACAGGUACCUUCUCUUAUGAUGAUGUAUUUAAUUUUCAUUGGAUCUCUUUUAACAAGACUGAGAGGUCCAACUGCAAGAAUGACAGCAAGUGAACAGAAAUUGGAAGGAGAAUUGCGUUAUGUAAAUUCUCGACUUAUAAUGAAUAGUGAAGAAGUAGCAUUUUACCAUGGAAAUGAGAGAGAGAAAAGAACUAUUAAGCAGGCAUUGAAAAGAUUGGUUGGUCAUUUACGUACCUCUCAUUAUUUUCAAUUUUGUAUGGGUUAUAUAGAAAAUAUUGCAGCCAAAUACUGGGCCACAGCUUUUGGAUUUUUUAUCAUCAGCCGUCCAUUUUUAGGAACAAGACAUUCACAGAUGGCUCACAAUAAUCGUCUGGAACUUUACUAUCGCAGUGGAAGAAUGUUGGUAAAACUUGCAGAAGCUGUAGGACGUCUUGUAUUGGCAAGUAAUGAAUUGACACGAUUAGCUGGAUUUACGUUGAGAAUUAGUCAGUUGAUCAAAGUACUCGAUGAUUUGAACAAAGGGCAAUAUGAACGCACAAUGGUAGAUUCUUGGCAAAAUAAUAAUACAUCUGAUCGUCUUAAUUCUGUGCAGCUUAUGUCAGGAAAUGGAAAAAUUAUCACUGAAAAUAAUAUUAUUAAGUUUAUUAAGGUUCCUCUUAUGACACCAAAUGGUGAUGUUUUGAUUGAAGAAUUAAGCUUUGAGGUACACUCUGGUAGGAAUGUUAUCGUUUGUGGACCAAAUGGGUGUGGAAAAAGUUCCUUAUUCCGUAUACUAGGAGAGCUCUGGCCUAUAUUUGGUGGUACCCUUAUUAAACCUACGAAGUUAAAUCUAUUUUACAUUCCACAGAAACCAUACAUGACAUUGGGAACACUAAGAGAUCAAGUAAUCUAUCCUGACAGUUAUGAUGAUAUGAUAAAGAAAAAUGUCACAGAUGAUGAUUUGAAAUAUUACCUUGAAUUGGUUCAACUCACUUAUCUAUUAGAACGUGAAGGGGGUUGGGAUGCUAUCCAGGAUUGGUUAGAUGUUUUGAGUGGAGGUGAAAAACAGAGAAUAGCAAUGGCAAGAUUAUUUUAUUGUAAACCCCAGUUUGCAAUACUUGAUGAAUGCACAAGUGCAGUUAGUGUUGAUGUUGAAGGAUCCAUGUAUCAGUAUUGCAAAAAGGUGGGCAUUACUCUGUUUACCGUAUCACAUCGAAAAUCACUGUGGAAGUAUCACGAUUAUUUCUUAUACAUGGAUGGUAGAGGAGCAUAUGAAUUCAAAGAAAUUGGACCAGAUACUGAAGAAUUUGGAUCUUGACUUUUCAUUGAAAUAAUAAUCUUUCUGAUUACAAUUUUACUUUUAAUAUUUUUAUGUGACAUAUAAUUGAAAGAAAUAGGAUUUAUUUUAUUCUUAAACAUGCAUAGAUCUGUGAUAUUUAAACGUUUAUGCACAAAAUGCAUUUUAUUAGAGAAAAGGUUAAUAUAUUAUUUGGUAGAAAAUUAAAAUUAUAUCUGAGAUUAUGAAGUAGUUGAACAGCUUCAUUGAAAUUUCUGUAAUGUAAUUUAUAUGCUAAAAGUGUAAGUAGAUUUUGAAGUAUUAAUAUAUAAUUAAUUAUUUAAAAGUAUAAAAUCUACAUAAUCAGGAUUAUAUUAUAUUAUAUUGAUUAAAAAGUUACCUGAAAUGUAACUCAUGUAUAGUAUAACAUUACAUUUUAUUUUUGUAUGUGUCUUGGAUUAUUCCAAGAUUUACAAUGUAUCAAUUUAUAUAUACCAUAGAUUUUGCAAUAUGACAACGCUUAAUAUAAAAUUCAAACUGAAAUUUAUCAUGAAUUAUGACAAUUCAGUAUAAGAUAUAAAAUGACUGACUGACUGACUGGAGUUGUCAGUAUUGUGAUUUUAUUCUAUGAAAAUGAAAAAAAAAGGUCACAAAAUUUACAAUGUAUCAAUUUAUAUAUACCAUAGAUUUUGCAAUAUGACAACGCUUAAUAUAAAAUUCAAACUGAAAUUUAUCAUGAAUUAUGACAAUUCAGUAUAAGAUAUAAAAUGACUGACUGACUGACUGGAGUUGUCAGUAUUGUGAUUUUAUUCUAUGAAAAUGAAAAAAAAAGGUCACAAAAUUUACAAUGUAUCAAUUUAUAUAUACCAUAGAUUUUGCAAUAUGACAACGCUUAAUAUAAAAUUCAAACUGAAAUUUAUCAUGAAUUAUGACAAUUCAGUAUAAGAUAUAAAAUGACUGACUGACUGACUGGAGUUGUCAGUAUUGUGAUUUUAUUCUAUGAAAAUGAAAAAAAAAGGUCACAAAAUUUACAAUGUAUCAAUUUAUAUAUACCAUAGAUUUUGCAAUAUGACAACGCUUAAUAUAAAAUUCAAACUGAAAUUUAUCAUGAAUUAUGACAAUUCAGUAUAAGAUAUAAAAUGACUGACUGACUGACUGGAGUUGUCAGUAUUGUGAUUUUAUUCUAUGAAAAUGAAAAAAAAAGGUCACAAAAUUUACAAUGUAUCAAUUUAUAUAUACCAUAGAUUUUGCAAUAUGACAACGCUUAAUAUAAAAUUCAAACUGAAAUUUAUCAUGAAUUAUGACAAUUCAGUAUAAGAUAUAAAAUGACUGACUGACUGACUGGAGUUGUCAGUAUUGUGAUUUUAUUCUAUGAAAAUGAAAAAAAAAGGUCACAAAAUUUACAAUGUAUCAAUUUAUAUAUACCAUAGAUUUUGCAAUAUGACAACGCUUAAUAUAAAAUUCAAACUGAAAUUUAUCAUGAAUUAUGACAAUUCAGUAUAAGAUAUAAAAUGACUGACUGACUGACUGGAGUUGUCAGUAUUGUGAUUUUAUUCUAUGAAAAUGAAAAAAAAAGGUCACAAAAUUUACAAUGUAUCAAUUUAUAUAUACCAUAGAUUUUGCAAUAUGACAACGCUUAAUAUAAAAUUCAAACUGAAAUUUAUCAUGAAUUAUGACAAUUCAGUAUAAGAUAUAAAAUGACUGACUGACUGACUGGAGUUGUCAGUAUUGUG